UUCCAUGUAUAGCCUGUUUGGUGGGUUCGAAUACUUGAAAAUCCCUCCAAUUCCAAGCACAACCAAAAGCAGCAGCUCUAGUUUCACAAAACCACUACUGAACCAAAGAACACCCCAAUUUGCUCCAAUCGCAGCAAUGGAGGACACUACAAAGCUAAAGAAGAAGAGGAAUGUUCAACAGAAAAAGAAGAGGAAAUUGGUAAACGAAGAAGAGAAAACAAUACCGGACAUUGAAGACCUGUUUAGUGACAAAGAAAUCCAGAAAAUCAGGGAAUCAUUACUGGACUGGUACGAUCAUAACCAGAGAGUGCUUCCUUGGAGAAGAAAAAACACGAACCCACUUGAAAUUGAAGAAGAAGAAGAGAAAGGGAAGAGGGCUUAUGGGGUGUGGGUAUCUGAAGUAAUGCUUCAACAGACUAGAGUUCAGACUGUGAUUGAUUAUUAUAACCGUUGGAUGCUCAAAUGGCCCACUCUUGAAAAUCUGGCCUUGGCUUCUCUUGAGGAGGUGAAUGAGAUGUGGGCAGGAUUAGGCUAUUAUAGGCGGGCACGUUUUCUGUUAGAGGGAGCUAAAAUGAUUGUUGCUGAGGGAGGUGGAUUUCCUAGUACAGUGUCUUCCUUAAGGAAGGUUCCUGGAAUAGGAAACUAUACAGCUGGUGCAAUUGCUUCGAUAGCAUUUGGAGAAGUGGUGCCUGUGGUUGAUGGGAAUGUUAUAAGGGUGCUUGCUAGGUUGAAGGCUAUUUCAACAAAUCCAAAGAACUUAGUGGCUAUCAAGAACUUUUGGAAAUUAGCUGCUCAAUUAGUUGAUCCUUGCCGUCCUGGAGAUUUCAAUCAGUCUCUGAUGGAACUUGGUGCAACUGUUUGCACUCCAUCAAACCCAAAUUGCUCUUUAUGUCCUGUUUCCAACCAAUGUCGUGCACUUUCAAUUUCCGAGGACAAGUCGGUAUUAGUUACUGAUUAUCCUGCCAAGGUUGUCAAGGUGAAACAAAGAAAUGAAUUUUCUGCUGUUUGUGUUGUGGAGAUAUUAGGAAGCCAAGGUCCAACUGACGGUGACCAAUCUGAAAGUGGAUUUCUUCUUGUAAAGAGGCCAGACGAUGGUCUGCUUGCUGGUCUCUGGGAGUUCCCUACUGUCAUGUUAGACAAAGAAGCUGAUUUAACCAAAAGGACAAAAGAAAUUAAUCAGUUCCUGAAAAAAACAUUCAAAAUUGAUCCACAGAGGACGUGUAGCAUAGUUCUGAGAGAAGAUAUUGGAGAAUUUGUUCAUAUUUUCUCUCACAUUCGUCUCAAGGUUUAUGUGGAAUUGCUAGUAAUAUGUCUUAAAGGUGGAACGACCGAGUUGUUUAGUGAACACAAAAAAGAAGCUACAAGUUGGAAGUAUGUGAACAAGAAGGCCCUUUCGAACUUGGGAUUGACAUCUGGAGUAAGAAAGGUAAUGUGGUGUGCUGGUUUAGAUUCACUAUUAUUUGGACAGUUUAAAGACUUUCAGCUUCAGAUGCAUGUUGCUUGUUUUAUAUUCUUGUUUCAUCCUCCUCAAGAUAGCCAUUCUCAAGAACACACCUUUCUCAUUUCUGCUAUGGAUUCAACCACUAAGGACAUUAUUCACGAUUUUCCACCCUUCUUCAAAGUCUAUGAGGAUGGUAGAAUAGAGAGAUACAUGGUUAUGGACUUUGUUCCUCCUGGCCAAGACCCGGAAAGUGGUGUCGAAUCCAAAGAUGUAAUUGUCUCAACCGAUACCGGUGUCAAGGCCCGCAUUUUCAGCCCAAAACUCGAUGGUUCUGAUCGGAAGCUGCCGCUCCUUGUCCACUACCAUGGCGGAGGCUUCUGCGCUGGAUCGCCUUUCGACGUUGUGACAAAAAAAUUUCUUACUUCUCUAGUCACUGAAGCCAAUAUGAUUGCCAUUUCAAUUGACUAUAGAUUAGCCCCAGAACACCCUUUACCAAUUGCAUACGAUGAUUCAUGGGCCGGGCUCCAAUGGAUCGCUAGUCACUCCAAUGGGCUAGGGCAGGAACAGUGGCUCAACGAGGGCGUGGACUUUGGGCGGGUUUUCUUAAUGGGCGAGAGUGCCGGGGCAAAUAUAGCCCAUUAUGUUGCAGUUCAAGCUGGUGUCAUUGGAUUAGGUGGUUUGAAGAUUAGUGGUGUGCUUAUAGUGCAUCCAUUCUUUGGAGGGAAAGAGGAAGACAAAAUGUAUAAGUAUUUGUGUCCAACAAGUUCCGGGUGCGAUGAUGACCCGAAACUGAACCCGGGAGUGGAUCCGAAUUUGUCAAGGAUUGGGUGUGACAAAGUAUUGGUUUGUGUGGCAGAGAAAGAUUGGUUGAGAAAUAGAGGGGAGGCCUAUUACAAGACUUUAGGUAACAGUGGAUGGGGAGGGAAAGUGGAAUUCUAUGAGACUAAAGAGGAAGAACACUGUUUUCAUAUGUUCAAAGCCAAUAAUGAGAGGGAUGUCUUGAUCAAGAAAUUUGUUGAUUUUAUCAUAAAUUAAUAGCUUCUAAUUUCUCGUUAUGUGUAUUAGCUUGCAACUUAUGAAUUAUUUUUUACUUUUAAAAUUUUAUUAAUGAACGAGCAGACUCCAGUUUUGAACUCAA